GAAUGUUUGCAGUGUCAUAUCUUGUGUUGGCGGUAAAUGGUACAUCAUUACAUUGUGUGGAUAAAGUGAAACCAAGUCUUCAGACUCGAUAUGAGCAGCGGUCUUCCCACGGUCUCUGUUCUUUCGUGUUGUAAAAUCCAUUUUUCUUAUAAAAUUAUUCGUUUAGUUAAAAUAUAUUUUAUUACAAUUAAUUUAAACACCGUUGUCACUGUAUUAACAAAAUUUGCCUGCUGUUUGUAACUUAACAAUAGAGACUGUGUACAGAGAAAUGUCAAUGUUUGGCGCCCAAUUUAUAUUUUCGUUCAGCAGAAAUGCGCAGAGUGCGUUCAAUGCAACGAACAAAAAUAUUUGAGUGUAAACGCAACCUCUCUCUCUCACUCUGUUUCUAUGUGACAGUUCAGCAUGACAUCUGCUUGCCUUUUGCGAAGAGAGAAUUUGAAUUUCGAAUUGAUUUAUUUGUUCCAAAUUAUUUGUAUAUAAAAUGAAAAUAUGAGAGUGCCAUCAAUUUUUUACUCGACCCCGGUGCGAAAGUAUCAAAGGAAAUCCGUUUAUAAAAUAUAUCGAAAGACAGAAAAUGGUUGGAAAGUCUUGGAUAAUGUUGAUAAAAAUGAAAUACCUAAACCGGCUACCAUCGCUCAUCACCAAACACAACCUCAGGAAAAUAACACACAAACCGAUGGUUCAUCCGAAAAUCGACCAAAUUGCAGGGAAAAUGAGAUGAAAAUACAAAUGCUGUCAAAACCUCUAUAUGAUCAAAUAUUCAAAAAUAACCACAAACCCACACCCGAUCAACAAACAAUACAAAAAUACCAAAGCACAUUGAAAUCGUAUGGCAUCAAACUUGGAGAGAGUCCACUCUUGCCUGAUGUUGACAUCAAAUUGCCACCGCUCAAGGGAACCACUUUGAUCGAGCAUUUCCAUGAAAUUGCCCACGAGCAAUUGUUGCCUUACAAACAACUUAUUGAAUCACUUGCACACACGGAAAUUCUACCGAUUCCAAAAACAUGGAAAAUGAUUGAAGGCUGGACGCGAUACGAUCAUGAUGGGAAUACCGUAUCGGUUCCGUAUCCGGAUGACAAAGCCCUUAUAUUCGAUAUUGAAGUGUGUAUGAGAGAAGGGAAUGCGCCAACGAUGGCUUGUGCCGUAGGUCCAACGUAUUGGUAUUCAUGGACUAGUCGAAGUUUGAUUGCUACGAGACGCAGCACACGUCGCACCCGUGAUGAAAAUGUUCCCAGAGUCUAUCGAGCCGAUGAGAUGAUAACAAUGGAACCGGAUGGUUGCACUGAACCGAGAAUAAUCAUCGGUCACAAUGUGUCAUAUGAUCGGGCACGUAUACGCAAUCAAUACGAUUUGAAUGCGACAAAAACACGAUUCCUAGACACAAUGUCGAUGCAUGUGUGUGUCAGCGGUGUUACUUCAUUUCAACGCGCUAUGUUGAAAUCAUCGAAAGAGAUCGAAGCCGAUGAUGAAUCGUGGAGCUCAAUGAGUUCAUUAAAUGGAUUGGUUGACGUGUACAAACUGUACUGUACUGAAAGUGGUGAUGAUAAAACGAUAAGCAAAGAGCAACGAUCGUUGUUUGUUGAAGGCUCGUUGGGUGAGAUUCAACGGAAUUUCCAGAGUUUGAUGACUUAUUGUGCUAACGAUGUGAUAGCAACUUACAAAGUUUUUAAGGCAUUGUAUCCAAUGUUUUGUGAACGUUUUCCACACCCUGCUACAUUGACUGGAAUGCUAGAACUGGGUUUAGCCUACUUGCCAGUCAACUCAAAUUGGUUGCGGUAUAUAAACGAAUCCGAUUUGAUCUACAAGGAUUUCGAUAUUGAAUCCAAAUAUUUGCUAGCCAAACGAGCGAAUCAAGCAUGUCGUCUUCUACACAAUGAUUCAUACAAAAAAGAUUUGUGGCUAUGGGAUGAAGACUGGUCAGUACAAGAGCUAUCGUUGAAAAAAACCAAAACUCCAAAACGAAAAUUAUCUGCAAACAAAUCAAAUGAAGUGCUCACACCGAAAAAUGAAUUUGAACGAUUGGAAAAAAAAUUUAAACCCUUGUUAGAUAUUGCUGUAGAUCUUCCCAAGCGUCCACCCAUGCUUGCCGGCUAUCCUGCAUGGUAUCGCAAACUGUGUCUUAAGCGAAGCGAUCCAAAAUGGUCACCAGGACCAAAUGAUAUCGGCACUGGCAUGCAAAUCGCUUCAAAAUUGCUUUCAUUAUGUUGGGAAGGCUAUCCGUUACACUUCAUCCGUGAGCAUGGUUGGGGAUUUCUAGUGCCAUUCGAUGACAAAAUCCCUGAUGAUUAUAAUGGCUCCAUUCCCUUGCAGCAACUGAUUAAGAAAUGUCCAGUCAAAAAUCUAUCGUCGAAAUCGGCGUCGCAAAGUGAAAGUGAACACGCUUUCGGAAAGCUGUCAAAAGAAGUUGAAAUGGAAUUGGGAAAACGCGACUAUUAUUCGAAAGCAACGCGAAAUCCGAGUGAGGGCCGUUACAAUGGCACUGGUGUGUGGUGCAAUACUGAGUUGGAGGGUUCUUGUUGGUUUUUCAAAUUGCCACAUAAAAAUGGGACGCAGUAUCGCGUUGGGAAUCCACUGGCACGUGAUUUCCUCAUCAAGUUCUCAGAAAAUGUUCUGGCUGGCGAUAACAUUACAGCAGAGCGUGUGAUUCAAAUCGCUCGAAUGUUGUCUUAUUGGCGAAAUAAUCGCGAUCGAAUCACAAAUCAAACCGUUGUGAUACCACCGAAUGAAAAUGAAACUGAUACGGCUGCGAAUGAAGCGACGAGAACGAUUGAUACGAUGGCAGCGAUAAUACCACAGGUUGUUGUAAGUGGAACAUUGACACGAAGAGCCAGUGAACCGACUUGGAUGACCGCAAGCAAUGCACAAUCCGAGAGAAUCGGUUCGGAAUUGCGAAGCAUGGUUCAAGCACCCGAUAACUAUCGUAUUGUUGGUGCCGACGUCGAUUCACAAGAACUUUGGAUUGCCUCAGUAUUGGGAGAUGCCAGUGAAACGAGUAUGCAUGGCGCAACACCAUUCGGCUGGAUGACGCUAAACGGAACGAAAUCAAAUGGCACUGAUAUGCAUAGUGUAACCGCCAAAGCAGUCGGCAUUUCCAGAGAUCAUGCAAAAGUAUUGAACUAUGCUCGAAUCUAUGGCGCAGGCCAACAAUUCGCCACCAGAUUGCUCAAGCAAUUCAAUCCAACCUUUUCCGAUGGCGAAGCCAAAUCAAAAGCCAUGAAAAUGUUUGCAAUGACAAAAGGUAAAAAACUGUAUUAUCCAAUGGAAGAAUAUCUUGAUCAGCUGGAAAAUAAACGCUUCACAAAUUAUGAGGCAAAAAUGAUUGCAUUGAAAUACGGCAAACCCAUUGAUGGUGUAUUCAAAAAGAGUAAAUGGUACGGUGGAACGGAAAGUGCAAUGUUCAAUCGAUUGGAAGAAAUUGCGGGCAGCGACAAACCAGUCACACCGUUUCUACAGUCUCGACUCAGUCGAGCAUUGGAACCACAUCCAGGGAGUGAAGAUCGAUUUUUGCCCACGAGAAUCAAUUGGGUAGUUCAAAGUGGUGCCGUUGAUUUUCUUCAUUUAAUGCUGGUCUGCAUGCGAUGGCUGAUGCAGGAUAAUAUUCGAUUUUGCCAGAGUUUCCACGAUGAAAUUCGGUACAUUGUUAAAGAAGAACAUGCCUACAAAGCCGCUUUGGCCAUGCACUUGACGAAUCUACUAACACGUUCGUUCUGUGUCAGCAGAAUCGGAUUGGAUGAUUUGCCACAAUCGAUAGCAUUUUUCACAUCAGUUGAAGUGGACCGAGCAUUGCGUAAAGAAGCACAUUCAGAUUGCAAAACACCAUCGAAUCCAUACGGUUUGAGCGUCGGCUAUGGAAUACCACUAGGAGAAUCAUUGGAUGUUGCCGCCGCAAUUGAAAAGGCAAAUGGCUGUGAUUUAAACGAAUGGCCGUGGCACCAAAAACACUAGCGACUAAAGAACCAUACAAUUUUACCAAUUCGGUUUUGUUUACAUUUGUAUCAACUGUCGUUCAGUUAAUUGUCAUAUUGUUGCGAAGUUGAAUUCAAUUCAAUCCGAUUGAAUGAAUCCACUUUGUUUUAAGUUUCGAAAAGUUUUUUUUCUUGAGAGAAAUGAAGAAGCAUAUUUUUGUAAAUACGAAAUAAAAAAAAACUAUUGAUAUUUUCGUUGUACGAAAAGUUAAAAAAAAAUGCAAAUAAAAAUGUAAAUCAAUAAAA